UACCAGCUUUGACACCGGUUUCAAAUCGAACGCUACACCUGGCUGCGCUUCCGUGUUUACAGUACACACCCACGAAAAGGGAGGGGUCUAGCCGCGGAACCCGAAACGUAUGUUUACUGAGCAAGCAUACAACGCGGUGGCGAGGAAAGUGACACUGUGACAGUUGACUGUAUGGUGAAAAAUAGGUGCUAAUUCCAGGUUUCAAAAUUGCGUUUUACAGCGGAAUGUUCACUCGAAGGGGCCAUGGAGACGUCAAGAAAUCUACACAGAAAGUUCUGGACCCAAAGAAGGAUGUAUUGACCCGACUGAAGCACCUCCGGUCACUGUUAGAUAUCAUUGAGAAGAGUGAAUUGAAGACCUUCUUCGAAAGCAACUGUUCUCAGAUUUAUUUUAUCUUCUAUGAAAAUUUCAUUACACUGGAAAGCAAUUUAAAGCAAAAAGGGAACAAGUCUCAGAGGGAGGAGCUGGACUCCAUCCUCUUUAUUUUUGAAAAAAUCCUGCAGCUUCUACCAGAGAAAAUCUACGGUCGAUGGCAGUUCCACAGUAUAGGUUCUAUUCUGAAAAAACUUUUGCACACUGGAAACUCAUUCAAGAUCAGAUGUGAGGGCAUCCGCCUGUUCCUGCUGUGGCUGCAGGCCCUGCAGAGUAACUGUGCCGAAGAGCAGCUCCUUAUCUUUGCCUGCCUGGUGCCGGGCUUCCCCGUCGUGCCCUCGACCAGAGGACCCUGCACCCUGGACAACAUCAUCUACAACCCCUACUCCAACCCACCCGAUGCCAAGGUGGUGCCUGAAGAGAUCACCCCGCUGGUCCCAGCGGUCCAAGGGGAGAAGGUGGCUGACGACCAGACCUGCUACAUCCUCCAAACCAUGCUGAAGUUCAUGGUUGUCCAGGCGUCCAGUUUAGAGUGGAAGAACAAAGACAACCAGGACUCAGGAUUCAGGUUUCUCUUCAGUCUGUUUAAGAAGUACUACCUUCCACACCUGUUCCCCACCUUCACCAAGCUAACAAACCUCUACAAGCCUCUUUUAGACCUCCCCCACCACCGACCAAAGCCUCUGUAUGUCCCCGUUACACGCAACAACGAGAGCACCUUCUGUACGAGGGACCAGUACCUGGCUCCCCGUGUGGCCUUCAUCACCUGGCUGGUCUCCUUCUUCCUGGAGAAGAAGUAUGUCAGCACCGCCACCCCCAGCACCAAGAACGGCACCAACGAGGUCCUCCCCAAACUCAUCCAGACGGUCACUGCAGGCAGUAGCAGUCAGGAGAAGGACCGUGGAGGCGGUGGUGGUGAGGGGGAGCCCAACGGCCCCAUAGAGCCAGAGAAGAGCCACUCUAACAGCAGCACGUUGUCUGACCGGCGCCCCAGUGAUUCCAGCCUCUGCAGCAUCGACGAGGACCACCGCGGCGUCUACGACAUGGUCCACACCAUCCUGCUCUCCACACGGGACAACAUCAACUUUGUAAAUGAGGUCUUCCACCAGGCCUUCCUGUUGCCCUCUUGUGAGGCGUCAGCAACCCGGAAGGUGAUCAAGGUGUAUAGGAAGUGGAUUCUGCAGGAGAAGCCAGGCUUCAUGGCGGAGCCGGAGAAGAACAGACAUGCCGAUGUAGAGGAGAACCCGGAACAGCUGUUCGUCACUGAGGCUGACAGCACACACCCACAGGUGUUGGAGAGUCACGGUCACAAGCGCUCGUCCAGUUGGGGCAGAACCUACUCGUUCAGCAGUGCCAUCAGUCGGGGCUGUCUCAUGGAGGAGCAGAACCGAGACAUUAAGGCUGGCAUCCAGCCCACCCUGCAGGUGUUCUUGACCAACUCGGCCAACGUCUUUCUUCUGGAGCCAUGCCAGGACGUGCCCAAGCUGUUGGAUAACCAGGUGGAGGUGUGCAAGGGGGUGCUGAGCAUCUACCGCCACAUGAUCAUGGAGCACGCCAUGAACACACAGACAUGGGAGCAGAUGCUGCAGGUUCUUUUGAGGAUUACUGAGGCAGUGAUGAAGAGGCCUCAGGAGAACCAAAGGAAAGACACCUUUGCUGAGAGUUUGGCUGCCCUCCUCUUCAGGACGAUCAUCGUGGCAUGGGUCAGGGCCAACCUGUGUGUCCUCAUCUCCCGGGAGCUCUGGGACGAACUGCUGUCCGUUCUGUCGUCUCUGACUGGCUGGGAGGAGCUGGUGACCGAGUGGGCCAGCAUCAUGGACUCUCUGACCGCCGUCCUGGCCCGCUCUGUCUACGGCCUGGACAUGAGCAACCUGCCUCUGGACAAACUCAGUGAACAGAAGGAGAAGAAGCAGAGGGGCCGUGGGGUGACCCAGGACUCCCAGAAGGCCACGGCGGUGGCCCGGUCCUUCUCCCUGAGCUGGAGAAACCAAGGUGACCAGCAGGGUGUUCAGGAGCCGAUGAGGUUCCGCAGCGCCACGACCUCCGGCGCCCCCGGCGUGGAGAAGGCCCGCAACAACGUCCGGCAGAAAGCCACAGCUAAGCGAAGCCAGUCCAUCAGCAACUGUGUCCAUCUUUACGAGGCUUUGCCCGCUACUAAAAGCGUUCCUAUGCUGCUUCAUACUGUGAGCUCUUUCUUGCCUGGUAUCUCCUCCUCUUCUGGUAAUUCUUGCUCUCACAGGCUUUCAGACGUGGAGGAGGGUCAGCUGUCAGAGUGUGGGGCCGAUGGAGAGCUGGAGGCGGGUGACAGCCCUCUACCACGCAGCAGCAGCACCUCUGACAUCACACACCAACUGGCCGACGCCUUCCCAGGGCAGAAGCGAGAGUCUUCCCCCAACAACUCCUGUGGCUCUGACGGCAGGACGUCAGAAGGGAAAAGAGAGGGCGAUCCGCCAAUGAUUCUGGUCCGGCGGAGCAGCAGUCCAGCUGAGCUGGACUACCCUGUAGAUGGACCAACCCCCUACACCAGGCCCAAGCUCUGGGAGAAGAGUGAGAGCGUGUGCAGCGAGACGUCCAACGGCUACCUGAACGACGCUGACAUCAGCCUGCUGUCCUGGCAGGCCUUUGAGGAGGCUGACAUCCAGUCCACCCAGAUAGACAUCAUGGCGGACGCUGAGAGCCAGAGAAACCUGCUGCUCAGUCAGAAUGAGGCCCUGGCAGGUCCUGAGUGUGCCCUCCCUCCCCACUCUGCACCCCUGUCCCACCACCAGCGCCGCCCCCAGAACCCCCCAGCCUCGCCGGCUUUGCUAGUGCCCCCUGAAUGCCCGGACUGCCCCCCACUCCUGGAGGACACACUGCGUCAGUCCGUGUUGCGCAUGCCUGAAGACCCGGACAGUAGUGAGUGUCUGGCUGAUGAUGUCAGCAUCAUCGCAGGGGGGAGCCUGACAGGUUGGCAUGCAGACUCUGCCUUUGUGCUUUGGAGGAGGAUUUUGGGUAUCCUGGGGGAUGUCAACAACAUUCACUGCCCCAGGAUCCACGCCAAAGUGUUCAGUUAUCUCUACGAGCUGUGGCACAAACUGGCUAAGAUCCGGGACAACUUGGGCAUCAGUGUGGAUAACCAGUCCUCUCCCCCCCGGCCCGUCUUCAUCCCUCCUCUUAGGAUGCUGGCCUCCUGGCUCUUCAAGGCCACUAUGCUGCCAGCUGAGUUUAAGGCCGGGAAACUGCAGGCUUUUAAACUGAUCUGUGAGAUGAUGACCAAGAACCAGGAUGUGCUGCCCAACCGUGACUUCCUGGUCCACCUGUACCACGUCAUGCACAAGGGCUUCACCAGCGAUGACCAGGAUGUUCUGAACACAGUGAUCCGGUCGUGUUCCCCACGCUUCUUCUUUCUGGGCCUGCCUGGAUUCACCAUGCUGGUGGGAGACUUCGUCACCGCCGCGGCGCGCGUCCUCAGCAGCGAGUCCCACGAGGCUCCAAGGAUAGAGGCCGGGACCGUCCUUGGGUCUCUGGUCUGUUUUCCCAACCUGUAUGCGCAGAUUCCACUACUGCAGACCGUUCCUGGAACUGAUGAUGUUGUCGUUGGGAACGAGGACAUCAAGAACUAUCUGGUCAACAUCUUACUGAAGACGGCACGGAAUGAACCCUGUGAAGUGGCAAGGUGUAUAGCUGUAUGUAGUCUUGGCCUGUGGGUGUGUGAGGAGCUGAUGCAGAAAAAGAUUCACCACCUGGUCAAGGAUGCUAUCAAUGUUCUUGGUGUAACACUAAAGUUUGGGAACAAGGCUGUGGCUCAGGUUUCCUGUGACCUAUUCCAGCUCUUCAUCAGUCACUGGGAACACCUCCAGAGGCUGGAGCGCUCUCUGCCCCAGAAAAUAAUCGAGAUCUUUGUGGCGACCAUAACGUUUUUGUUGCCGAGCGCGGAGCACUCAACGGUGGAGGCUGACAAAAAGCUAAUGGUGUCUCUCCUGCUGUGUCUGCUGGACUGGUGCAUGGCUGUGCCGCUGAGCCUGCUGCUUGAGCCCAUCACCAUGCCUCUGUUGGAGGACCCCGCGUCCCACAAGGCCCCUCUGCUGGACUACGUCUACAGGGUGCUGCACUGCUGUGUGUCUGGGUCCAACCUACACACCCAGCAGAGUCACUAUCUCCUGAGCCUGUCUGACCUCUGCGCCGACUACGACCCCUUCCUGGCGUUGGGCCAGGUCAAGAGCUCGGAGCCUCCGCCGUCACACGUCGCCGGCGACUUGGGCAACCUGCUGACCGUGGCCGAGGAAAAGAGGAGGAGGAAUAUGGAGCUGAUCCCUCUGACGGCGCGGAUGAUCAUGACUCACCUCGUGAAUCACCUCGGCCACCAUCCCCUCAGCGGUGACCCCGCCCUCCUGCACAGCCUGGUCAGCGAGAACCAUGACAACCCCUUUGUGGAGUCUUCUGAGCUCUCCUCCGAGGUGUUCAAGAGCCCAAAUCUGCAGCUGUUUGUGUUCAACGACAGCACCCUGGUGUCCUACCUCCAGGUGCCCUCUGCGCCCCCGGGCCCGGGGGAACCCCGUGACACCCCAUCCCAGGUGCGGGUCAUCGUCCGAGACAUCUCCGGGAAGUACUCCUGGGACGGGGGGGGUCCUCUACCGAACACAGGAGGGACAAAAUGGUCUGCACCAGGGGAGUGACGACCCCUCCAACCUAUCCGCUCCCAAGACCGCCUCGCCAAUGGCCUCGGAGCGCUCCUACCCCCCAGGCUGGGAGUCCCAGCCAGGCUGUGAGGAGGAGGAGGUUGAUGUU